AUGUCAUCGCACCUCGACCAGUGGCUCGAACGCGAAGGAGUUGCACGGUGGGGCAUCCUAGAGUCGCACACAAAAGUGCUCAAGACAUUACUCCAGGACAAGACCACUGCACAGGACGCAGCAAAAGAACUUGUUGACACCGCUACACUGAGCCCCGAUCCAUCAGACACAGCAUACCGUCUCUGGAACCUGCUAUUUCACACUGCUGCCGCUUUCCCCGCACACAUCGACCACGUAGUCCGACUGACCUUGGCCAUCCGCAGAAUACCUCCAAGUCCCGAAAGUCCCAAUACACUGUCUUACUCUCUAUGGUCACAUUGGCAGGAUACCCAUAGCUAUUACUACACCUGGCGAACACUCAGACCUUCAUCACCAGGCAGCUUGAUGGGUGCAGAGCAUUGGAUCAACUUUACGGCAUUCUCGGCUGAAUUGAUACACCAUGGUGAUGAAAAGGCGAUGCGAGAGAUUGGUAUCACAGCUUUCUUCGACCUCAGAGAUGCGCUCGAGACAACACUCGAGACUCGCGCGAGGGAUUUGUCAAAGAAUGCUGUCGUUACAGCUGAUCAAUCACUGCAGACUGAUACCAUAGCUGCUGCGCAAUGGGUUAUGCAUGCAGGCUGCCAACUCAUGCAGGUCCAGAACCACUUCUUCGGGAAUAGGUGGACUAAGGGGUUGAGUAAGAAGACGGAGCUUUGGGAUGGUGAGCCAGGCUUUUCGCGAGCGAGGUGGAAGUUUUGGGCAGAGAGAUUUGGUGAACGUGCGAAAGAUGUGGAAGCGAGGGAAAUGGUUAAAGAAGCUGCUUGUGUGAUUCGCGCGAACCUUGGCGAAAGCACUUGA